AUGGGUGCGUCUGGCAGCGGUAAAACGACCCUCUUGUCAGCCUCAUCCGGGAGACUCCCGUCUUCCACCAAAUCGCGAUACCAUACCACUGGAUCAAUUUUAUACAAUGAUAUUUGUGUAUCGGAAGAUGAGAUCCGGAAAUUUGCGUCGUUUGUACAUCAAGAAGAUAUUCAUCUUCUACCAUCCCUGGCCGUGAGAGCUACCCUACGAUUCAUUGCACAUAUGACUCUACCAAAUUCAAUAUCGGAUGGUGAGAAGAACGCGGAUCUAAACAAUCCUGAAGACGAGCAGCGCUUCCGCCACCUUACAAAGCAUGCGAAGGACAGUGUUGAGCCCAUCUAUGAAUUACAAGCCCAUUUGAUAGUGCUGUCGAACUCCCGGGGGCUUCUAGUCACUCAUGGAGUGGUGUCCACUUUCACACGCAGCUCGAAUAUCGUUUACCAAGUCAUUUAG